ACUCGUUCGUCAACUCCCAAGAAUGGACACUGUCGCGGGGAGUACCAGACCUGCGCCUGGGGAUCGUCGGCUCCCUCUCCUCCGGCAAGUCCGCCCUCGUCCACAGGUACCUGACGGGGUCGUACAUGCAGGAGGAGAGUCCAGAGGGCGGACGCUUCAAGAAGGAGAUAGUCCUGGACGGCCAGAGUUACCUGCUGCUUAUACGCGACGAAGGAGGACCCCCUGAGUUACAGUUCACGGCCUGGGUGGACGCUGUCAUCUUCGUCUUCAGCCUGGAGAAUGAGUCCUCCUUCAACGCCAUCUACAACUACUUCGCCAAGAUGGCCCACUACCGCAGCACGGCCGAGGUCCCCCUCAUCCUGGUGGGCACGCAGGACGCCAUCAGCGAGAACAACCCUCGUGUUAUAGAUGAUGGACGUGCCAGGAAGUUAGCAUCAGAUCUCAAGCGUUGCUCGUACUAUGAAACUUGUGCCACCUAUGGGCUCAAUGUUGAGAGAGUAUUCCACGAUGCUUGUUCAAAGAUUGUGGCUCAGCGCCUGAGCCAGCAGGGUCUAACGCCCAACAACUCUCGACCAGGAACCCCCACACACCUGCUGCGUUAUCCCUCCACUAACAACGGCUACACCCCAGCCCCCUAUUCCAACAUCUCUGCACCCCUUACCCCACAAAUUGCAUCAAGCCAGCAGGUCACCCCACCCAUAUCGGGCUCUUCACCUAGUCAUGUGUAUACCAACACAAUCACUAAGGAUGGAACACUAAGGAGUAGUCACGGCAGUGGAGCAGAGUUGACUGCAAUGACAAGAACAGAUUCUUUUCGUGAUGAUGGCUUCAAGCGCGUGAGUGCCCCAGGUGCCGUCACCACUGCAGCCUUCAUGGCGCCUCCACCUCCACCGACUACCAUUCCUGCUCCCAUUAUUACAGACACCAUACCACCUCCAAGGGAAAACAAAGAUCUCCCCACUCCAAGUUCUACCCCAACUACUUCUCGGAAAAGUCGGAGAAAGUCUAAUCUCUUCACUCCUUCAAAGAAAAGUGACGAGAAGGACAAGAGUAAAAAUGGAGAAGUAGGAAGUGGUCGUGCCAUUCCUAUAAAACAAGGUUAUUUAUACAAGAAAUCUAACAAGGCUCUCAAUAAGGACUGGAAAAAGAAAUAUGUCACUUUGUGUGACAAUGGAAGACUAACCUAUCAUCCUAGUUUACAUGAUUACAUGGAAGAUGUACAUGGGAAAGAAAUCUCUCUUCAGUAUACUACAGUAAAAGUUCCAGGCAUGAAGCCAAGAGGAUCCAAGGUUGUGGCUGGAAGUGGUGGCAACGACUCCCUUUCUUCAGAAAUGCACACACUUAACAUUACUUCAACCGGUGCUCCAGGGCCACCUCUCGCUGGUAGAACUUCCCUUGGUGGUCCCUUACAAUCAAAUAAAGAUAAGGUAACUCUGAUGUCCUACGAGGCUCUUCAUGACCCAGCGGGAGUCAAUGGUCUGGAUUCUGCUAGCAUUUCAUCCAAGAUUGAGACACCAAAUGUUAAAAAGAGACACAGAAGAAUGAAGAGUAGUGGAAAUAAAAAUGCAGAAUGUGAAGACUCGGAUGGUUACGAAUUCAGUUUGGUGUCCUUGGACAAUAAACAAUGGCAUUUUGAAGCAGGGAGUCAGGAAGAUAGAGAUGACUGGGUGACAGUCAUCGAGCAGCAGAUCCUCAGCUCGCUGCAGGGUAACGAGUCCAACAAGAGUAGAACUCGACAAGCGCAUCCAAUUGACCCACAAACUAUAUCGACCAUAAAAAAUCAAGUCCCCGGCAAUCUUAACUGUGUUGAUUGUGAUGCUCCCAAUCCGGAGUGGGCCAGCAUCAACCUAGGAGUGUUGAUGUGCAUAGAGUGCUCUGGCAUCCACAGGAACCUGGGGUCCCACAUAUCAAAAGUGAGGUCACUAGACCUGGAUGAAUGGCCACCUGGCCCUGUCUCGGUGAUGAUGUCACUUGGAAAUGAAGUGGGUAAUAGUAUAUGGGAAGCACAUCUAAGAGGCCAGACCAAACCUAGCCCCCGGAGUAGUCGUGAGGACAAGGAACGUUGGAUUAGAGCCAAAUAUGAAGCAAAGGAGUUCUUGGCACCCCCACAGCCUGGCAUUCCUCUGCACGAACAAAUUGUAGAAUGUGUUUGUCGUGGUGAUGUCAAGAGGCUAACAGCCUUGCUGCCCCAUGCUGGUGAUGCCGUAAACAAUCCUCUCGCCCCUCACCGGGACCUGCGGACCCCUCUUCACCUAGCUGCUGCCUUUCCUUCCUUGCCUUGUGUACAGAUCUUGCUCUGGUAUAAUGCAAGUGUAAAAAUAUGUGAUGCUGAGGGCAGGUCCAGCUUAUUUUAUGCCCGAACAGCUGGUGAUAAGGAAGUCAUUGAUCUUUUGCUACAAAAUGGUUGCCCAGACACGGGGUUGAUAGCACCUCCAAUGACCCCUCAUACGCCAGCACUCGGCCACUCCACUCUUCCAUUGUCAUCCAACAUCACCUCCCAACCUUCAACAUUACCACGGAGGAAAGGGUCCAUAAGCCGUAAGCCCGAUCUCGAUAAACUUCAAGCGAGUGUAAUUUAGGGUAUCGGCUCGUCGUGCUUAUUUCUGCGACUAAAGUUGUGUGAAUUUGAUAGUAUAGAACCGAUUAGUCACAGUGCAGUCUGACUCGGGAUAUUUAUAUUCUUUGAUAGUGCAGUAAUUGGUAAUGCAGUACACUGUAGUUAAAAGAAAAUUUUACUUUAUCUUUAUCUUAUUACAGCCUGGCAUCAUCUAUAGAAUCCUUCCCAAACUUGUUUGUCUGCAUUAUUAGAACACAUUUUCAAAACUUGAUUUAUGAACGCAGUUCUAUAAAUAAUUUAUGGUAGAUUUAUGCACUUGUAUAUCCCACAGUUUAUUUCAAAGCAAUUUAUUUAAAUUGCUUUAAGAUUAGAAAAGUCAAUUAAUUUGAAAUGUAUAUAAGAUUGCUUAUUAACAUCUUGUUAAUUUGCAUAUAAUUUUAUAAGAAAGAUGGGCUUUAUGUAAUAAAAUCAUUGCUAGUCUAAUAUUCUUAAGGAAAGGCUUCUGCAAGUGAUUUUCUUUGAAUUAGGACAACUCUGUUGACUACAAGCACACUGUCAAAUUCUUAAGCAGCCUUUAAGAACAAAAUAAAUGUGACCAGUGACCUAACAGUCAUAGCAGGCGUGACUUUUAGAUUUUGGAAAUCUGAUCACAACUCCAUGGAGAAAUGGGUGGUAGACGAAACCAGAUAUAAUGGCCACUGUAUACUAUGUUUUCAUUGUUAACCUGUGAUUGUCAUUUGUGUGUUAAUGCCAUAUUUUAUGGAAAGACAUUUUUUUUUUUUUUUUUUUGGAGAUA